ACGUGACACAUCCCAGGACCCGUAGGACGAAACGCACAAACAUGGCGGCCUCCAUCAGAAACGCGAAUAUGAACGUAUGCAAAAUUGUUAGAAUAUUUGGACUAAAUAGACACAUUUACAACGGUGCAAGAUCGCUACAGACAGCCCCCACACCUGACACAGAAAAGCCUACCGGUGUAGUUGAGUCUACAGAAGAGUAUGCAUUUGUUGAGCGAUUAAUACCAUCCUCUCGUAUUCCUAAACCUCCCAAACAUGAUGGGCCUUCCCCCUCUGGCUGGACGCCACCACCAGAAGUUCCACCUGACCUGCCAUACAUGAUCCGACGUUCUCGCAUGCACAAUAUACCAGUCUACACAGAUGUCAGAAGCGGAAGUCAGAAGUCCACAGUAGUGCGGAAGGUCGAAGGGGAUAUUUGGGCACUUGACAAGGAUAUCAAAGACUACAUGCUGCAAGUUACAGGAAAACAGGUCCCUACACAAGUUAAUGAAGUCACCGGAUCAAUUAGAGUCAAGGGUCAUGUCGAUCAAGAACUGAAAGAGUGGCUGUUGAGGAAAGGCUUUUAAUGUAUUUUUUGAUGAUGCCAUUGAAAAUGAAUGACUGAAUUCUGAAAAUAUCUGGUAAAAAAUACAAAGAUGUUCCAGGAUUGCAAUUGACUAAUAAUCUAUAUAUCGUUGCACAAUGUCAUCCUCUUUCAUUUCUUAUGUCAAUAUGUCACAAAGACAACCAUGUUGUAUUUUCUGAUGCUUUAGGCAAGAGUUUGUAUUAUGUUGCUGUACCAAAACAAUAAACAUUUGUCAGUCAUGGUACAAUCCUA